GGCCACCUUACACCCCCUUACAUCCCCUCACGAGUCUCAAACAUUUUAUAAAGGUGGGAUUUCGACGGGCAGGUGCUUGGAGGCGGUGUAAAUGCCUUGUUAAAGACGAGCUCGCGUGUGUGUGUGUGUGAAGAGUCGCGCAGCUGGAGGAGAGUUCAGCCAACACUGAUGACGUCAUCGCGCGAAGAUGGCUGAAGGGGAGAGCUGGUGGGGAGGCUGGCUGCAGCAGAGCAUUCAAGCCGUCAAAGACAAGUCAUCUGAAGCUUUAGAGUUCAUCAAGCGAGAUCUGAGCGAGUUCUCCACCGUGGUGCAGCAUGACACGGCCUGCUCCAUCGCCGCCACAGCUACAGCUGUCAAGAACAAGCUUGCUGUGGAGGGCUCAUCCGAGACCACUGAGAAGGUGAAGAAAAGCAUCUCCAGUUUCUUGGGCGUCAUCUCGGACACGCUUGCUCCACCGCCGGACAAGACCGUCGACUGCGAGGUCAUAACUUUAGUGGCCACGCCGGCUGGAACCACAGAAGUGUACGACGGUUUCAAGGCUCGUCUUUACAGUCUGCAGGCCGACCCUGCCACGUACUGCAACGAGCCCGAUGGUCCCCCAGAGUUGUUUGACAGAUGGCUCGCCACCUUCAGCUUGGAGGAGAAGAAAGGAGAGGUGUCUGAACUGUUGGUCAGCAGCGCCUCGGUCCGCGCUCUUUACACCAAGAUGGUUCCAGCUGCUGUUUCUCAUUCCGAAUUCUGGCAGCGAUAUUUUUACAAAGUCUUCCAGUUGGAUCAGGACGAAGCAAGGAGAGUGGCCCUGAAGCAGAGAGCAGAUCAGACGUCUCAUCCUGAGACGCUCGGCUGGGGGGAGGAGGAGGAGGAGGAGGGUGACUUCCUCGGCGGAGCUUCGUCCUCUGGGCUCAGCUUGAGCUCCGCCCACGUGCACGCCGCCUCCACUUCGCCCACCGAGGCCACGCUGAUGACUCCCGCUUUGUCUCCGAGUGAAGACCAUGAGCCCACCCUCUCUGCCAGCAGCGACACGCUCAGUCUGCCCACGCAGGUGGACUUGCACCCCGAGUCCACGCUGGGCCGCUUGGAGGAGAAGAUGGCCAGCGUUGACCUUAAAGACGAGGCUGAGGAGCUAGCUCCAGCGGAGGAAACGCCUGCGCCCAAGCAGGAGGGCCCUCAAGACCUGAGAGUGUUUGAGUUGAACUCUGACAGCGGGAAGUCCACCCCCUCCAACAACGGCAAGAAAGGAUCCAGCACUGACGUGAGCGAGGACUGGGAGAAAGACUUCGACCUGGACAUGACAGAGGAGGAGGUGCAGAUGGCCCUGUCUAAAAUGGAAGCUUCUGGAGAGCUGGACGAGGACUGGGAGAACUGGGAGUGAGCGCCCCCCAGCUGUCGGCCGAUGAGCCACGCUUAACCUGAUUUAUUUCUUUGGCCACACUGUCACGUGUCAUGUCUGUCAGUUGGGCUUUCUGUGGAGCGGCAAACCAACAUGAGUCUGCUCCUUCACACACACACACACACACGUGUGGGGUGAGCGCGGGGCUGGAUGAGCUUCUUCAUACUUCAAUGAUCCACGUCAUCUGUGUCUGGACGAGGUGGGCAGAGGAUUCAACUGUAGCCAGAGCAAUAGCCUUAACCUUGAAGAUGCUGCUCAUUGUGGGCGGUCGCCGCGGCCCACCGCUGACCCGCUUCACUCUCAGCUGGGUGAGAAGCCGUGGCACACGCUUGUCCUGUCCCCAGAUCCCGCUCCAUCUGCCCUGCGGAUAAGAGCCGUGCGGCUGGAGCUGUGGUGUUUAUGCACAACAGCCGGAAUGUUGUAUUAUGUGCUGCGGAUCGCAUGACAUGAUGCCAGAACACCUGCUGCAGAUGGUUUCCCUGUACAGACGCGUUGCAUGUCUGGUUCUUGGCCUGUGUGUCGCGUCUGCUGUUUUCCUUUUCUUCUCCAAACUGCCACAUUAUUUUCUGAAUCGGGGUCUUGGCCUCUAUUUUUCAAUGGAUAUCGAUCAUUAAAGGGUUCAUGGUGAA